CUGGGAUAUUGGAGCCACUUUGGAACCGUGAUACCCGGAGUUCAGGGCUGGAAUAACUCAUCUCCUUAUUUUGAAUUUACUUAACUUUUCAUAUCAUUCAAAACAAAUGGCUCCUUCGUUCGAAGAGCCAACCGUUGCCCUUGGCGCGGCAUCGAAAGCGGCGCCGAAACUCGUCGCUCCCGAGCCCGAGCACUGCCCGGGUCCAGAAUCGGAACAAGCUGGCAAAGGCGAUGCGUGCGCCGGCUGCCCAAACCAAUCGAUUUGUGCCUCAGCUCCAAAAGGCCCCGAUCCAGACAUACCCAUCAUAACCGCUCGUCUUUCCUCGAUACGGCACAAGAUUCUUGUGCUUUCCGGUAAAGGUGGAGUUGGAAAGUCUACUUUCACGUCCCUCCUUGCCAACGCCUUUGCAUCCAAUCCAGACUCCACCGUCGGUGUGAUGGACACGGAUAUCUGUGGACCUUCGAUACCGAAAAUGAUGGAUGUCGAGACGGAGACCAUUCAUGUGAGCAAUGCUGGAUGGAACCCCGUUUGGGUGUCAGAUAACCUUGCGGUGAUGAGUGUCCAAUUUAUGCUGCCAAACCGAGACGACGCUGUGAUUUGGCGGGGACCGAAGAAAAACGGGUUGAUCAAACAGUUUCUGAAGGAUGUUGAGUGGGGGGAGUUGGAUUAUUUAAUAGUCGAUACUCCUCCAGGCACCUCGGAUGAACAUCUCUCAGUCAACUCAUUCCUCAAAGAGUCCGGGGUCGAUGGUGCUGUUCUGGUCACUACUCCACAAGAAGUCUCCCUUCUCGAUGUCCGGAAGGAGAUCGAUUUCUGCCGGAAAGCUGGUAUAAGGAUAUUAGGAUUGGUGGAAAAUAUGUCUGGGUUUGUCUGUCCAAAGUGCACUCAUGAAUCGCAAAUCUUCAAGCCCACGACGGGUGGUGGCGGCAGACUCGCAGCCGACAUGGGAAUCCCUUUCCUAGGUUCUGUCCCUUUAGACCCUCGGGUUGGUAUGGCGUGUGAUUAUGGAGAAAAUUUUAUGGACCGGUAUCCUGAAAGCCCCGCAUCUAUGGCCUUAAGAAAGGUCGUGAGAACAAUAAGUCGACAAGUGGGUGAGGAUCCCGACGAAGUACUCCCUGAAACAGAUGCCGUGUAACGUCUAUAUUUCUACCUAAUGACUCUACGAUAUCCCUUUCGCAUUUAUUGGAGUUUGAAUGGUGGAUCCCCUUUGCAAGAUUCUAUAAUAUUUUGUUGCAUAUGAUGUGAAAUCCCAACACACCGAUAACGACUGACCAAUAAAUAUGUAUGUACAUAGAAUUACAUUGUCGAGUAUAAGUUAACGAGUGAA